AUGGCGUCGGGCUCGUCUGGCCCCCAAAUCGACCAGUUCUUUCCGGCCAAGAAGCGGAGGCCCUCGUCGCGCAAGGACGAGUCGCCGCGACCCGGGACGCAGCAUGAGAGCCCCGGCGGCGCCAAGGGGUCCCUGGAGGAGUACCUCGUCCGUUCGCCUUCCACCCGUGCCGCGGCGGCGGCAUCGGCGGUCCCCGUGGGCUCGCCCAGUGGCGGGGACCCGGGCACCAGGCGGAGCCUCUCGGCCGCAAUGGAUGUCGAUGUCGGUUCCUCGGCUCCGGUGGUGGCGGUGGUUGGUGGCGAGGCGGACUUUGAUCUCAGGAGGAGCACGGCGGACUUCUUGUCCCAUUCCUGCAGUGCUAUCCUGCCUUUGAGGGGUGACUGUGAUUACAGCGAGCAGUGGGGUAUGAAGCAGAAGCGGAGUGCAACCCAGUCAUUCUUGGUUCCUUGUGACAAUGACUAUGCCAAGAAGCAGCGAGUUGCCCAUUGUGGUGGCUUGGAGGCUCUAAAGGAGUUGGAUGAUAAUGUGGCUUCCGUGAAGCAAUGCAUCAAUCACCAUGGUGGCUCAGAGGCUAUGGAGGAACCUUUUGAGGGGGAACAGGUGAGUUGUGUUGGGUUUUCGGCCUUGCAAAGAUGUAGCUUUACCCCAAGUACUGCACAGAGAAAAGUUGGGUUUUCUCUAGCCCCUGUGGAAACCCUAAAGUCUGUAUCGAGGAAUUCCCUUACUUCACCUGGGGAGGAGUUCUGGAAUGCAGCAAUUGAACUCGCUGACGGGAUAUCUGCCCAAGCUGAUAAGGUCUGUGGAAGGCCUGAAUUUGACGCAGCAGAAGACAAGUCAUCUUGUGCAGUAGCAGUAUGCUCUAAGACUCUUUGUAGAUCAGGAAGGGAUGAACUUGACUGUCAAAAUACAGUAGGAAGCAAUGAUACACAUCAUAUGGAGAAAUUGUCAAAUAAAGUUGAAUCACUGGCAGUACACAGUCAGCAUAUAAUUAAUUCUCCUUUGCCUGUGAAGCAGCUGGAUUUCUUUCAUGAGGAUGAUAUUAAAGUUUCAUGUUCAAAAUUUGAAGCAAAAGGCAGCUAUGAAGCUUGUAAUGCACAAGCAGACCAUGUUCCAUUGAAAGACAGUGGCCUUCUAGGAAAGGAAAAUCUCAAAGACCCUGUGGAUGUGAUGAAGAAAAGUGCUAAUAAUUUGCACACUGAUUCUGCAGCCAUGAGAUGUCAGGGUGUAUUCAAGUCAACAAUUGAAGGGAAGGUUCACCCAACUCAAGAGGGUGAAAGAGAUUCUCAUCUUAUUAGGAGAGAUCUCAAUCAGCCAACCCACAAUGAAAAUAAAUCACUUGCUGCAUAUUCAAAUAAUUGCAAGACUUGGAUAGAUUCCAAGAGUAAAUUUGCUUCUGAGGAAGUGGAAGCUAGCACACCCACUAGCUCCAUUCCUCUGAAGGAUCACUCAAAGCUAUCAAGUUGGCUUCCUCCUGAACUUUGUGCUAUGUACAUGAAAAAAGGCAUUUCAGAGCUGUACCCUUGGCAGGUUGAAUGUUUACUUGUGGAAGGUGUCUUGGACAAAAGGAAUCUUGUGUAUUGUGCAUCCACGAGUGCUGGUAAAAGUUUCGUCGCUGAAGUUCUGAUGUUGAGGCGGAUACUGUCAAGUGGGAAUAUGGCAAUUCUUGUCCUUCCCUAUGUGUCAAUAUGUGCUGAAAAGGCUGAACAUCUUGAACAACUUCUUGAGCCACUGGGUAGGCAUGUCCGUAGCUUCUACGGGAACCAGGGGGGAGGUUCACUUCCUAAAGAUACUGCAGUUGCUGUAUGUACCAUAGAGAAGGCAAACUCUUUGGUAAACAAGUUGUUGGAGGAUGGCCGCCUCUCUGAACUUGGUAUAAUUGUCAUAGAUGAACUUCAUAUGGUUGGUGACCAACACAGAGGGUAUCUUUUAGAGCUGAUGCUCACAAAGCUUCGAUAUGCUGCUGGUGAAGGGACUUUACAGUCAUCUAGCGGAGAAAUUUCAGGCUCUAGCAGUGGGAAGAUGGCAAGUCAUGGGUUGCAGAUAAUUGGUAUGAGUGCUACUAUGCCCAACAUCGCUGCGGUAGCUGAUUGGCUUCAAGCUGCUCUUUAUCAAACUGACUUUCGACCAGUUCCACUGGAGGAAUUCAUCAAAGUUGGUAAUCAAAUAUUUGAUAAAGACAUGAACGUUGUUCGUGUCCUUCCCAAAGUAGCUGACAUUGGUGGCAAGGAUCCAGAUCAUAUUGUUGAACUGUGUAAUGAGGUUGUUCUUCAGGGCCAUUCUGUGCUUUUGUUUUGCUCCAGUCGUAAAGGCUGUGAAUCAACUGCAAGACAUGUUGCCAAGUUCUUGAAACUACCCUCUGCUGGAUCAAGUGAUGUUAGUUCAGAGUUUUCAGAUGCUGCAGCUGCUAUUGAGGCCUUGAGGAGGUGCCCUGCUGGAUUGGAUCCAAUAUUGGGAGAAACCCUUCCUUUUGGUGUUGCAUAUCAUCAUGCUGGUCUUACGGUUGAGGAGAGGGAGAUUGUGGAAUCAUGCUACCGUAAAGGCCUUGUCCGUGUUCUGACUGCCACUUCAACUUUAGCUGCUGGUGUUAACUUGCCUGCUAGACGGGUUAUAUUCAGGCAGCCUAAGAUAGGUCGUGAUUUUAUUGAUGGGACUCGCUAUAGACAGAUGGCUGGCCGUGCUGGUCGAACUGGAAUAGACACAAAAGGAGAAAGUAUACUUGUAUGCAGGCUUGAAGAGGUCAAGAGAAUUACAGGUAUUAUUAGAAGCAAUUGCCCUCCCUUGGAGUCCUGCCUCUCAGAAGAUAAAAAUGGAAUGACUCAUGCAAUUAUGGAGGUUGUUGCUGGUGGGAUUGUGCAAACUGCAAAUGAUAUUCAUCGAUAUGUGCGGUGUACGCUGCUUAACUCGACGAGACCUUUUGAUGAUGUCGUGAAGUCAGCUCAAGACUCCCUUCGUUGGUUAUGCCAUAAAAGGUUUCUUGACUGGAACCAUGAGACCAAGAUAUACUCCGCUACUCCCCUUGGUAGAGCUGCUUUUGGAAGUUCACUCAACCCUGAGGAAUCACUGGUUGUUCUUGAUGAUCUUUCGAGGGCAAGAGAAGGCUUUGUUCUGGCAUCUGAUUUGCAUUUAGUUUACUUGGUCACACCCAUAAAUGUAGGUCUUGAACCUGAUUGGGAAUUAUAUUACGAGAGAUUCAUGCAACUUGCUUCUCUUGAGCAGUCAGUAGGCAAUCGGGUUGGAGUAAUCGAACCCUUCUUGAUGCACAUGGCUCAUGGGGCGUCAAUGCCUGUUUGUGGAAGGCCUCAGAGAAACACUGGUUUAAGUAACAAGUCAGCACAAGCCGGUGGAAAUGCUCUUGUUAGUGAGCAUACUCUCAGAGUGUCAAAGCGCUUUUAUGUGGCUUUGAUGUUAUCGAGGCUUGCUCAGGAGAUUCCUAUUGCUGAUGUUUGUGAGACAUUUAAGGUCGCCAGAGGUAUGAUUCAGGCACUGCAGGAAAAUGCUGGCAGGUUUGCUUCAAUGGUUUCUGCAUUUUGUCAAAGACUUGGUUGGAAUGAUUUAGAAGGCCUUGUUUCGAAAUUCCAAAAUCGUGUCUCUUUUGGAGUUAGGGCAGAGAUUGCAGAACUGACAUCAAUUCCAUUUGUCAAGGGCUCACGUGCAAGGGCUUUGUACAAGUCUGGUCUGCGUACUCCUGUUGCCAUUGCUGAAGCAUCUAUUCCUGAAAUUGCAAAAGCUCUUUUUGAAUCUUCUGGUUGGUCUGGGCAAGACUCUGGUUUACUUGAUUUAAUGCAAUUUGGUAUAGCCAAGAAAAUAAAAAAUGGAGCUCGCAAAAUUGUCCUGGAGGAGGCAGAAGCUGCCAGAGUAGCAGCAUUCUCAGCUUUCAAGUCACUUGGUGUGGAAGUUCCUCAGUUCACUGCACCUCCACUCGCAGCUAUUGAGGACUAUCCAACUCGAGAUACCAUAGACCAAGCUAAGUCCAACAAGCUAGCUUUUGGUACCCAUGCUAGAGAUGAUAAAAAUAAGAAUAACUGCUCUGAUUAUGCUACCCCAAGGGCUUCUACAUACAGUCUAAGAAAGGAUUUAAACCCUGCUCCUUCCAUUCAAAUGAAAGAGAAUGCAGAACUAUCUAAAAAUGUGAAAAUCACUAGACAGGGAGCAGCAGCAUCUUUGUCAACAGAAAUUGCUGAUGGAUUGAGUAGUAGAGAUGUGGCUGACAAAGGCCCUGUCCAUGCAUAUAACUUUCCAGGGGUUUUGACUGUUUUCUUGAUCAAUGUUUUUGGGUUGGCUGUCUGUUGGGAAAAUUCCCCCAUAUACUACUGCAACUUCCCAAAAGAUCUAGUCACUACUGGUAACAAUGACUUCAGGGAAAUGUGGGGUUAUUUUCAGAGAAGAUGGGAAAAAAUAACGGACAUUAUGCAACAAAAGAGUGUCCAGAAAAUGACAUGGAAUUUAAAGAUCCAGAUUCAGGCACUUAAAUCACCUUAUAUCUCUUGCCAACGGCUUGAAAGGUUUCAUCUUGACCAUAAAAUGCUGGACAAAGUUGAAGUGCUUGACAACUCAUAUAUGUUGUUAUCACCAAUCUCUGUCUACAAUGGAUUGGAUAUAUGUCUGCUGGCGUGGGUUCUAUGGCCUGAUGAGGAAAGCAGAACGGUACCAAAUCUUGAGAAGUUUGUCAAGAGGCGACUUCAUAGUGAAGCUGCUGCUGCUGCAAAUCGCGAUGGAAGAUGGAGAAAUCAGAUGCACAAAGCAGCACACAAUGGAUGCUGUAGGCGUGCUGCACAGACACGAGCUUUGUAUACUGUUCUGAAGAAAUUACUUACUCAAAAUCUUUCUGAUUUGGUUGAAACAAUUGAGGCCCCGUUGGUUAAUGUUCUUGCUGAUAUGGAACUUUGGGGAAUUGGCGCUGACAUGGAUGCUUGUCUCCACAUUCUAUAUACACACCUAAAAUUGCCAGUUCCAAAAGGCUGUGAGAAAGGGAAGCUGCAUCCUAGCACUGACAAGCAGUCUUUGGACCAUCUAAGGGAUCAACACCCAAUUAUCCCAGUAAUUAAGGAACACAGAACAUUAGCAAAACUGUUAAAUGGCACAUUGUGGUCCAUUUGCUCACGUGCUCAAUUGUGCACUCAAUCACAAAGGUACAUCAUACAUGGUAAUUGGCUUCAGACAUCUACUGCCACUGGCCGUUUGUCCAUGGAGGAGCCAAAUCUGCAGUGUGUUGAGCACUUGGUGGAAUUCGAUACAGGGAAAAGCGAUAAAGAUUACUCAAGCGUGUCAGUGGAUUAUCAUCAUAAAAUCAAUGCCCGUGAUUUUUUCAUACCGACCAAGGAGAACUGGUUAUUCGUAACUGCUGAUUACUCACAGAUUGAGUUGCGUUUAAUGGCUCACUUUUCUAAAGAUCCUACGUUGGUUGAACUUCUAAGUAAACCUGAUGUGCCUUUUAGUGUCUGCCCACUCAUCCUUCUUACAUGGUUCCCUUUGUCUGCGCCUUCAUUUUUCUAUGCUGUGGAUUGGCAGGUCCAAAGGCUGUACUUUCUCUCAGCUCUUGGGACAAUCUGUCAGUCACUCGUCGCUCUUCCCUUCGGCUCUAGUAGUCUGGUGGCAGGCGGAGGAGCAGCACCACGUAAGGUUGGGGAAUGGGAGUCGAGUUCCACGACGGCGCUGUGGCUGGCGCCAUGUGCGAAGUUGAAGCUCGACUUUGGUUUGUUCAACUUCACGUUCGUUGAUGAUGGCGGGCUUGCCGUGGCGACCAGCGAGGGAGCUCUCGAUGCGGGAGGCUCGCAGCGGCUGGCUGACGCCACGCUGAUGCGAGAUGUCGGUGGUGGUUCGCACGCUGCAGCUAGCAGUGGGUUUGCCAGCGAGGCACCGGAGGCGCCGGUAGCUGCGGCGGAAUACGGCAAGACGAUGCGAGAUGCUCGCGGCAUCACGGGUGUGGCGAUCACCGGUGGAAGAGCGAUCAUCGACCAUGCGCCCGAAGUCGUCAUCGUCGCUGCGGCGCUAUGCGCCAGCAGGCUAGAGACCGACCUCCUGUUCUUCCCGCGCUCAACGUCGUAA